AUGUCCUUGAAUUUUCUUCAAACACUCUCGACUGACAUAGGCCAGCUUUUGCAAGAUUCCGAUGAAUGCAAUAUUAUAAUAGAAGUUGGAGAAGAUCCGAACAUUAAAGCAUUUUACGCUCAUUCGAUUAUAUUGCGGGCAAGAUCACCAUAUUUCCGACGAGCAUUAUCGCAUGAGUGGACCAAAAUCGAAGACGGUCGUAGAAAGUUCAGAAAACCCAAUAUUAAACCAGAAGUAUUUGAACUCAUUCUCAAGUUUAUAUAUAGCGGCGACAUUAACUUGGACGGGCAAGACGUGUCAAGAAUAUUAGAGCUCCUGGUUGCUACCGACGAAUUGCUGUUAAGUGAGCUAUCUGAUCACGUUCAAGAUUAUAUAUUACAUUGUCAAAGUGAAUGGCUUAAGCAGAACGUUGUCAGUCUCUGGACGAAAAUACAUCAUUACGACGCUUGUGCCAAAUUAAAAAACCACUGUUUGCGAUUGAUAUGUCGGAAACCACAAUUUCUCUUUGCAUCGGAGGAUUUCUUGUCCAUGCCAGAGUCAUUGCUACUGCCAUUCUUGCGAAUCGAUGGUCUUCGUAUGGAAGAGAUUGAAAUUUGGGAUCAUGUGCUUCGCUGGGGAUUAGCUCAGCAUCCAGAGAUUCGGGAUAAGGACAUGAGCAAGUGGUCUGCUGACGAGUACGAUGGUUUGGAAAGGACACUUAAAAACUGCUUGCCUUUGAUUGACUUUGCCCAUGUAUCGUCAAACGACUUUUACAGUAAAGUAUGGCCAUUCCAGGGAAUGCUGCCCAAGACUCUAUUGGAGGACAUAGUUAGACAUCACCUCAAGACAAACAGUCCUCCUCAGCCUGUCAAGCUUGCGUCUAGACUGCAAUUCGAUUCUGCUCUAAUUCGGACAUCCCACGUUGCUCUUUUGGCUAGCUGGAUUGAUAGGCUCGGCGACAAGAGGUAUCUCUACGAUGAAGUUCCAUAUCGGUUCCAGUUAUUGUUGCGAGGGACGCGAGACGGCUUUAGCUCUUCGGCUUUCCAUGAACUCUUUGGAAAUCGUGGUAACGUUGAGGACGCUACAUUGAGUCGCGUAUCUCUAUCGCGAUCUUAUUAUGCUAUUCGAUGGAAUGGACGUGACUAUGGUCCUUGUUUUGGAGAUAAAGAUUUGUGGAUGCGAAACAAGUUUAAUGAAGAACUUAGUUGUUCAUGUCGGCGUGACGACUACAUGGAAUCUAUUACCGACUGCACAACUUUUUCUGUUGAAGAAUAUGAAGUAUUCAGGGUUGUAAAGAAAACGUCAUUAACGUAG